AUGGGUUUUGAUGCAGUUAACGCUUGCUCCGUCGUAAGCUGCGUCCAAGGGACUUGCCGUGAAACAAAUGGUGCAUUGUUAGACUUUGAAUGCGACUGUUAUCCCGACUGGACGAAGCUCAAAAUGGGUCCUAUCGAAUUACCCACUUGCAUCAUCCUCAACUCUUGUACCCUGACUUGGUGCGGCUAUGAGAGCUGUAAAACAAACGACAGUGGCUACCAAUGCGACUGCAACGACGGCUCUGAGAAAUUUCACCAUAUGCCUGCCUUACCCUGUUACAAACCAUGUGCUGUGGGACCUGACUGCGAUGGUGUUGGUCUGGGUGAACGACCAACGCCGGCACCUCAGCCGGCGUUAUCUUCCCAUGAUGCAGCAUCUAAGGGUUCUUCCACUCCAAAAUGCUGA